AUUGAAAGAUGAUAUCCUGGGGACAAUAUGAAACUAAAGAAAUUACUCCUCUCCACCCACCGAGAUACAACUAGCAGAUUGCAUUUAUACAGGUCCCAUUCAUGUAUCAAGUUUCUCUUUAUUCCCACUUUGUAGUCUUUGGAGAAAAGAGGCCACAAGAUGGAUUUUAGUUACAAAACUAGGAAGAGGGAAAAGGAUAGAGAUGUCCUCAGAGGAAGGAGAACCAAUGCUGUAAGAAAACUAAUCCCAUUGGCUGGAACUAACCCUUCAAUGAGAAGCUCCAAUGACUUGUAAGCAGCGAAGCAAGAGACUUACAACAAGCAAAGGAAGAUACUUAUUAUAUGGCUUGACUAUAUAUGCUAAAGCCGGGCCUCUUCAGCAAGGUUCAAAAGCAGCACCACCUAGAAUAUAAAAUAUUAUAUUCAUUCUAGGACCACAGAGGUAGCUUAAUUAAGAGAAUAUCCCGUCACAAAACUUCGGAUUCAACAAAAUUAUGGAAGGAGAAGAGUAUUCUGCAUUACCUCAGCUAGCAGGUGCAGCCAAAACUGAGUCUUUGCCAUGCACAGAGCUGCUCCCACAUCCAAGGAGAAAGAAAAGUAAGAACAAGAGGAGGUUUAGCGAUGAACAAAUAAGAUCACUAGAGUCCAUGUUCAACUCAGAGACCAAGCUUGAACCGAGGAAGAAGGUGCAGCUGGCUAGAGAGCUUGGACUGCAACCUCGGCAAGUAGCCAUAUGGUUCCAGAACAGAAGAGCUAGAUGCAAGUCCAAGCAGUUAGAGCAAGACUACAAAGUACUCAAAGACAAUUAUGAAAAUCUACGUUCUCAGUUCCAGUCUUUGGAGAAAGAGAAACAGUCCUUGCUUAUACAGCUUCAGAAACAAAGAGAUCUGCUACGACAACCUCAUGAUCAGGGCAGUAGAAGCAAGGAUUUGAUAGGAGACAUCAUGCCUGGUGGCUUUGAUAGCAAAGAUACACAUGGCGACUUCAAAACAGAGCCAAACUGCUUGAAAGGAUGUUCAGACCACAGAAUGAUGGUGUAUUCAGAUGAUGAUGAGGGAGAAAAUGGCAGGCACUUUCAGAAACAAGAAGCAGAACACUUGAAUAUGGGUUGCCAAGUUGAUGUUUCUCUGGCAAUGCCUGAAAGCGUUCUUUUUGGUCAAUCAUGCAGCAGUUCAAACUGGUGGGACUUCUGGACUUGAAAGUUUUCCAGAAUGAAUGAUUGCUUGAACAUUGAUCGCUGGUUGCUUAUAGAGGAAGACAUCCAAAUAGAGCAAGGGGAUUAAAGCUUUAAAAGUGGAUCGCUCCAUUGAUGGAAGUAAUGCCAAUCAAAGAUCUCGACAAACACUAAACAUGCAUCUUAAUGACAUAGCUUGGCUGGUCCGGGCCAACAGGGUACAUUCAUCAACAGCAGGUAAAGAAACAAAACAAUGAAUGGUUUGAAAACAUAAUGAUCAGGAAACGCUGCCAAGGAGUAGAAUCAUAUAUAUCUCAAUUUGAGUGAACAAGACAGAGAGUUUGUAAAAAAAUUAUGGAUGUAAAUACAUGUGUCAAACUUUAAGUAGACUAGCUGAACAUGGUUUUCCCAGAAACCAGACAAUGAGCUCCAUAAUGUCCAUCUUCAAAAAGGUAUUCCCUCUCUCUUUUCUCAUGAAAGAAGCAUGAAGAAAACAAUAGGAUUGCAAACAGUUGAGUGCCUCCAAUAUUUAUCAUAUUCUUUCCAGGGAAUAAAAUUUUUAUUUGCCAGAAUACAAUAGGGCGUAAACAAUCAUCCAUGAUUUUGAACGUGUCAUCAAGAACUCCAGCCCCAAAAAGGGAGUUCUAGUGUACGAGGCCCUCUGUUUUGUUUUGGUAUUUGUAUACAGCCAGCCUUCUCCUUGCUUUUCUGCAAAGAGGCAUUCCACAACUAUCAUCAGUGAUUUCCCAGUCACAAACUAGACGAGAUCUCCAUAAAAACUAUCGACUGUUCCUGGUUUCAAGGUUGCAUCCACCCAUUUAUGUUUACCUAGUAACAAGUAAGUUUUUCAUUUUUUCCUAAUUCAUGGCAUACUUUGAUUUACAACCGAAUUGCAAAACAAGAUACAAAUGAUAUCCAACCAUUGAUUUAUCUAGAAAAUGCAGUUUGAACACUAGUUGAUUUGUCUGCAAGAGGCAAGCAUUCAAAGUAACAAUAAUAUGAAAAAUUGCUACAGUACUAGAUUUUUGUAUACUUUUUCCAAUUUUAACUCAAAAGCCCACUCCCUUUCUCUAAAACACAACUCAUAAAGCCUUUAUCUUUUGAUCACAGAAGGAUAUUCAACAAAUACUAGUCCCGUUCAGAUCAUCUCAGCUACUUUUACCUGUUUCCUCCAUUCACCUCCCCCCUUCCUUUUUAGUGAACUAUUUCAUCUAUGUAUAUGAUAACCAUUUACCUGCCAUAACCUUAAUUUGUUAUCGAGGACACCAGGGCAGUUUCAUCAAAAGCCAUGACAUUAGGCAGAAGAAGAAGAAUCUCAUCCCCAUUUCAUCUUGUGCAAGGUGAAGAUAAUAGAGAUACUUCAGGCUUGAGUUGCCCUAAACAUGUCAAUUUCUCCCAAAACCCCAGCAAAAACAAGGAUGCAUUACACCACUGGUCGUGCCACUGGAAUUUUUUUUUCGCUGCUAACUCUAUAUUGCAGUCAACAAAACAAGAGCUAUCUCUAUACUCACAGAAAUUUAAAUGAAUCAAAUUUUGAUUAGUUAGAGGGUGUUUGGCUUACCCUUUUUUAAGCAUUUCUAUUUAAAAGUUAGGUAAAACUUUAAAAUUGGUUAGUAUUUAAGUUAAUAACAUGUUUGGAUAAAUGUGUUUUAAGAUGUCAUUUAUAUAAUUUUGUGUUUGGUUUGAAAAAACUAAUAAACUAUCAAAACUUAACAAAAAGACUAAUAAAAUUUUUACCAUCAAAUAUUAAUAAAUUAUAUAUAAUUAUUAAAAAUAUAUUAAUAUAAUAUUUUAUAUUUAAAUUUAAGUUUAAUUUAUAAAAAUAUUAAAUAUAUAUAUUGAGUCAUUAAUAUAUAUAUAUAUAGAAAGAGAAAAGGGUUGGGAAUGGAGGAGGUGACGAUGGAGAUGGAGUUGAUGAUGGUGAUGGGGUGGCAACAACGAUGGUGACGAACAAAGAUAAAGGCGAUGACAAUAGGAAUGGGGUUGGAAGCAGCAUUCGUCAUGGAAGAGAUAGAGGCAGCAACAACGAGAAGGAGAUGGAGAGAGGGCAGAGAGAGUUUUGUAAUAUUUUAAGAGGAUGUUUGGCUUUUCAUUUUGUAAGAUGGUUUUAAGUUUUUUUACUUAAAAGCUGUGUAAAGUCUUAAAGUUGAUUAAUGUUU